AUGUUAUUUGAAAAAGACGCUGGUCAUAAGAAAUUUAUUGAAGAUAUUUACGAAUGUCAAUCACGAGGUAUCCCAGGUGGAAACUGGGCACAAGCUUCACGACCCUGGUCAGAUGUUAAAGGUGAUGAAUGUCCAGGCAGAGAUGAUAUUAAACUAACAGAAGGUUGGAAAUGGGAUAAUGAUUGGCAGGUGGAUUUGAGUCGAGCUGUUGAUAAGAGGAGGGUGGAUUUAAAAGUUUUUUUUAUAUUACAUAGAAAGGCUGGAUUAUGUUCAGAAUGUUUUUAUUUUUGUCAAAUUUUAACAAUACAGACUACUCUAGAAUGA